AUGGGGACAGGAGGGGACACCAGACAUGGGGACGCUGACACGGACGUGCGCCCCGCCCCCUCCCACCCCACCCCCCCCCCCCCCUCCCUCCCCGCACCUGGCGCUCGCGCCGCGCCCGCCCGAACCCGCCCGGAACCGCCCGAACCCCUUCGGACCCACCCGAACCCCCCCCCCCCCGCGAAACCAUCCCGAAGCCUUUCCGAAGCGGCCGAACCCAUCCGAACCCGCCCGAGCCCACCCGAAGCGGCCGAACCCACCCGAAGCCUUUCCGAGGCGGCCGAACCCACCCGAAGCCUUUCCGAGGCGGCCGAACCCACCCGAAGCCUUUCCGAGCCCACCAGAGGCAGCCGAACCCACCCGAAGCCAUCCCGAAGCCUCUCCGAGCCCACCCGAAGCCUCUCCGAGCCCACCCGAAGAGGAGCCGAGCCCUCUCCGAAGCCGGAGCCGAGCGCGGCCGAAGCGGGCGCCGGUGGCCGCGGUGGCCCCGGUGGCCCCGGCGGUGGCCCCGGGAUGGUGGCGGCCCCCCCGGCCGCCGCCGCCGCCAUGCGCCGGGGGUUCCUGGUGCCCGAGAUCCGCCCGCUGGACCAGUACGACGGGGCUCGGGCUCGCAGCGCCGCCAGCCUGGCCUGGGCCAUCGCCACCGGCUACGGCGGCGCCGGGAACGUCCCCGAGGAGCUGCGGGACCCCUUCUACACCGACCAGUACGCCCAGGAGCACCUGAAGCCGCCGGUGGAGCGCCUCCUGCUGGCCUCCGACAUCUACUGCAGGGCCUGGAGCCACGCCCUGGCCACGCCCUGCCAGGCCCCGCCCCCCGGGGCCACGCCCGCGGCCCCGCCCCGCCCCGAGCCCCCUCCCCAGGAUUUGGGGGCGCUGCUGGCGCUGCUGGCGGGGAGGGGGGGUCCCCCCAACCCUGCAGGGGGUCCCGGUCAGGGCCCAGGACCUGCAGCAGAGACCCAUCCGCAUGGGCGCCCACCUGGCGCUGAUCGAUUCCCUCAUGGCCGCCUUCGUCACCGAGGCCACCCGAAAUUUGGGGUCCCCCCCCGGAGCCCCCCGGGACCCCAAAAUUGGGAACCCAAAAUUUUGGCUUGGUUGGACGCGGUGAAUCGGAAGCUGCAGGAAAGCACCGAAAAAGAAGGGGGGGGGACACCCCAAAAUUCGGCCUCGCCCCAAAAUUUGGGGGGCAGCGAAGCGGCUCCGGCGUGCGCGCACAAGUGUCCCACCCGCUGGUACUGGAAGUUGGUGCCCGUAAGUGGGGGCUGCACUCCGGCCCCAAAUCCUCUUUUUUCACCCCAAAAAUCCCCCAAAAAACCCCAAAAACUCGACAGAAAAUGUGGCAAAAUGGCUUCCAAAAGGUUCCAAAAGGAAUCCCUGAAAAUGAGGGAAAAAAGGCAAAAAAUCCACGAAAAAAUCCCAAAAAAUCCCCCCAAAAAAUUCGUAAAGAGUCCCAAAAAUUGA